AAUCUUUCUACAAUGAGCACUAGCUAACAAGAGUUAUUUGAGUAUAUGAGUGAAACCUUAUAAACAUCCGAGAAGGGAUUGUUAGAGAUGUAGUAAUCAAAUCCUCAAAGUAAGUUAAGUUAUCUAAUGUUUUUUAAGAUUUCUAAAAGCUCGUUGAAAAGAUGAAGCGAACAAUGAGAAGGGAGAAGGCUAAAUAGAGAAAGAAUAAAGAAGAGCCAGAGAUUGUGUCAAGUAGUAAGAAAAUAAAAAGAAAGAAGGAAGAUGAUGACCCAUUGAGAGAUAAUGAUAAGAAAACUAUAUAGAUGAUAAGAAAUAGGAUAAGUGCUUAAAAUUCAAGGGACAGAAAAAAGCAAUAUUUGCAUCAAUUGGAAUCACAAGCACAGAAAGAAUUAGACUACAAUGCUGAAUUGAGAAAAUAACUUGAAGAACUUUAAGAAAAACAUCAAAAAUUGGCUAAUAAGAGUUCAAAAAUAAGAAAUCAACUAACAAUUCUGUAGCAAUUAGGUCGAGGAUCGAGACUUGGUAAAAUAAGUCUUGCUCUCUUGACCCUUGUGUCAGUGUUUUCUGUAAUCUCAUAAAAAGAACAACAACCUUAAACAAUAACAACUCCUCUCGUUAAACUUGAAGAGAUGUCAAGUGAAAGUGCAAUGAGACCAAUAAAUUAUGAGAAAUCAUACUCCAUUAUUGAUACUAACACUUUCUUCGAGGAAGAGAAAUUGGGAGUUGGAGUUUCGGAAGAAUCAGAGAAUUGUUACAAUUAAUUAUUGCCAAUCUCCCUCUAUCGGUUGAAUUCAUAGAUAGAAUACGAACUGGGGCAACAUAGCUGAAUAUUUGAUUGACU